CUUGAAACCUCACACUUCUCACCAGUUAACUGAGCAAUCGACAUGUCCACGAGUUCUAUCUCCGAAUUCUAUCAAUCCUCAUUGAUUUUCUGGAGCCAUCUGAUCCACCUACUGCUGCAGUUCAUCCAGACCAAGUGCUGGAAUCACACCACACAGAAGAAGAAGGAGCAGGAGCAAACGGAACUCAAGGAACCCUGUGCCAUCGCAAAAACCAUGGACGCCUUUGUGGAGGAGCAGCAGAAGCGGGUGCAACGGAAGGCCCAGGAGUACGCCAAAGUGGAGCUACUGCAUCGCCUGCUCGUGCAGCAGCAACUGCAGGAACUGGAGCAGCGGCGACUCAUCCGAUUGGCUCUGGCCAGAAGGCGACUGGACUACUCCAAUUAGACAAUUAGACGUGCAAUUAGCUCAUAAUUUAUUUAGAUUUAUAAUUUACGCUUAGAUUGUGCCCAAGUAUUCCCAAUUUCCAAGUGGCCACAUAAUUAUGUACAUAAGUGCCAG